CAAAGGUUAUGUUUUUAUCUCGCGCCAUGUUUUUGCCCGAAGCGGCAGACCACAGGAUGGGAGGAUGAGUCGACGCUUUUCUUUGUUGUAUUCCGUCUAUCUCUGUCGGAUUUGUCCGACCAACGCUUGUCUAAAAAACCUUCCGUUUGUCAAGAUUAUGCAGGGAUAGUCUUUGGAGCCAACCGUGGCUUUGUAAAGCUCUAGCUUACUGCAGAAGUUGACCAGGGAUGGAUACACUUGUGGGCAGUGUCAGCCCUCUGAAAUGUGGUUCCACAACUCUAGAUGGGAGCACUGCAUAUCUUCUGAAACAGAGGGAGUUUGGAUUGUGCACAAAUUCUGGUCCAUUUUCAAGUGGUCAGAGAAUCUCCAUUGGAGCUAGCUUCAUUCCUAAUCGAAUGAGAACAGUGGCAGCAUAUGGUGAGAAGGCUUUUUGUGGGACAUUCUCAAAGGAUGGAUCAGUUUUCCUGAGUUCAUCUCAGGAUGACAAGAUCCGGCUGUACAACACGUCACAUGGCAGCUUCACAGAGAAGAGAUGCAUCACAGCACGAGACGUGGGCUGGAGUGUGCUGGACACAGCCUUCAGUCCUGAUGGUUCCUGUGUUAUAUACUCCAGUUGGUCAGACUUCAUUCAUCUUGUUGAUAUAUCCUCAAAGAAUGUGGAGUCCCAUAUGGCCUUGGACCUCAGCCCCAUUGAACGAGACUUUGCAAUCUUUUCUGUGGCCUUUUCUCAGGAUGGCAAGGAAAUUCUUGGAGGUGCCAGUGACUGCUACAUGUACGUUUUCAACCGAGAAAGAAACCAAAGAACACUGAUGAUGGAUGCCCACGAAGAUGACAUCAACAGUGUGAAGUUUGCAGACGAGUCUUCCCACAUCCUGUACUCGGCAGGGGAUGACGGUGUGUGUAAGGUCUGGGACAGGAGGAUUCUGGAUGAGGAAGACCCACAACCUGUCGGCAUCUUCGCUGGCCACAGUGAUGGCAUCACUUAUAUCGACUCCAAGGGAGAUGGUCGCUACCUCAUCACAAACUCUAAAGACCAAACCAUUAAACUCUGGGACGUCAGAAAGUUCUCAUCUUCUGAGGGGUUAGAGGCCACGAGACAAGCCAUUACAAACUACAGGUGGGACUACAGGUGGAUGGCGGUGCCCAAAAUAGUGCGUAACAGCAGGAGAAAGCUGAAGGGUGACACAUCUGUGAUGACGUAUCGGGGCCAUAAUGUCACCAAAACCCUCAUCAGGUGUAGGUUUUCACCUGUACACACAACUGGGCAGAGGUAUAUCUACACUGGAUGUGGCACUGGUGCUGUCAUAAUCUAUGACCUUCUCUCAGGAAACAUGGUUGCCAAGCUGAUUGGUCACAAAGCCUGUGUUCGGGACGUGUCAUGGCACCCAACUGAUGUACGGAUUGUCAGCAGCUCUUGGGAUGGACAUGUCAGCCAGUGGGAUUACCAGGGCACAGAUAACCCUCAGGAUUCUGACUCAGACUCAGAGUACGGGAUGGAGCAGAGCGGCGGCCGACUUGUCAUCAUUAACAUCAACGGUGUGCGCAGGCGGAGUAAGAGGUUAAGACAACAGGACCAAGAAAGGCACAAGAGACCUCGACCUGAGGAGACAUAGAGGGCCUGCAUGGGGGGUCCCGACAACGAUCUACGCUAAAUUUUGAGAGCUUGUAACGUAUUACACUGAAUUGAAGAAGCCCCCCCAUUAUGUUUUACGAUAAAUUCCGGGUAGCUACAAUGCAUUACGUAGAAUUAAAACGGCAAAACACGCUCUAAAAUGCGCCAAUUAAGCUCUAUGUUGAAUUAGACUGGUCCGACUAUGGUCUACGUAGAAUUAAAACGGCCGAUUACACUCUACGGAAAAGGGCAUGCAGGCCCCCAUAGAGUCACCAUUAAUGUCCCUUCAAAUGUUCAGACUGUAGCAAACUGUUCAUUGUUUUCAGUGUUUGCAUGUUGAAAUUUGAAAAGGAAAAUUUUACUGAUCAUUGCCAUACCUGAUGAAAUUCUAAGCACUUCACAGGUGCCUUUCUGCACUAAUUUGGACUGGUGCACUGGAGUGUGCAUGACCUAAUGUAUAAGACUUGAAGAUAUAUAGGGUUGUGGUAGCAGUUUUGUUUGUACAGUAAUGCAAAUAUCCAAUUUUUAAAAUAGAAAUGGGCUAUUUAAGGAUAAUGUUGAUUAUGAUUUGUUUUCUUCACCAAGUUUAUUCAACUACAUGUAACAAGUUUUUAUAUGUAUUUUAAGUCCUUCAUUUCCCUAAAUCAUGAAAGAUGGUGAUGGAAUUUCUGCACUGUUUUGAUCUAUCUUUCAGCACAGAAUGUUUUCAACAAUAUUGGAAUCCUGGUAUUUUACAGGAAAUACUGAGUUAUGUUUAUUAUAUUUGCUAGACCUGUAUAUAACUUUCUCCCUUUAAUACCCCAGGCUUCCAGAGGGAUUGUGUCAAUGGAAAAUUAAAUGAUGUGUGA